AUGGCCGCCAAAGACCCCAUCACCUGCCACAUCCUCGACACAACUCUCGGCCAGCCCGCCCGCAACGUCCGCGUCCGCCUAGAACACACCACCCUGCCCCCAACCACCACGCCAGCCCCCUCCUCCGACCUCAGCAGCGCAGCACCUACCGCCCACCCGACUUCCCUCCCCAUCGUCUUCGAGUCCCGCACCGACGAAGACGGCCGCGUUCGCUCCUGGCUGCCUUACUCCUCACCCCAGAGCCCAGGCGAAGUCCCCGUCUACACCCUCGAGGACGUGCUGGGCGACAUUCGCGGCAGCAGCAGGUGGACAUUGCGGUUCGACACGGGGCCUUACUUUGCUGCGGGCGGUAGGGAGACGUUUUUCCCCGAGGUGGCUGUCGUCUUUGAGGUUGCCGAGGGGCAGCAUUACCAUGUGCCGCUGCUGCUUUCGCCGUUUGGGUAUUCGACGUACCGGGGGAGCUGA